AGUCCUUAGUGACGUUCUCAUGUUUGAUCGAUAUUGGUAAUAAAUUAUUUGAUAACGAAUUAUAUUUGCAGAAGAUAUCGCUUCAUUUUUAUGUAACAAAUAAAUUGUAAUGAGUUCUUUGAGUUCUAAUUCUGUAAGUAGUAGAGGUAGCAUAUCUGAUAAUAAUUUUAGUUCACAACUAAGAAGAUUAAAAAUACAGGAAAGUGUGUUAUCAGCCAAUGUAAAUAAAUGUUUUUUAUUGAAUUCUGAAGAAAAUGAUGGUUUUAAAAAAAAUAAUAAUAAUACAUUAAUGAAGAAAUAUAUUUCUAAUCUGAAAGACAACUUUCAAGAAGUAAAAAAUUUGUUCGAAGAGAUAGCUCUUCAGACUAACGACCAACAAACCUUUGAAAAUACAGAUAUAGAUGAACUAAAGAGAAAUAUCCUAGAACUAGAAACAAAAAUAAGAAACAUGAAACAAUUUAUUAACAAUGAAUUAGAAGUUUUAAAAAAUGAAGAAAUUACUCUAAUGGAAAAGCCGGAAACUUCGCAUACAUCUAUAAAUGAAGGAAGAAAAUCGAUGAAACACAAUGUAACUCAACGAAAAGGAUAUAACGAAAUUGUACCUAGCCCAGUACGAGUUAUAAUUAAUUCGCCAUUUAAAUGUUUAGAGGUGCAGCAAUUUCAAGAUUUUAUGAAGAAAAGUCCAAAUCGGUAUGGUGGCUGGAACGAAUACAAUCAUAACAUUUUUGUACAAAUUUGGAAUAAAUAUUAUGGAGAAAAUAUAAUGAUCGCAGUAAAAUCAAUUGAAGAUUCGUUUUCAUAUCAAGAUUUCAAGGAAGAGGUCUUACAAAAGGUCUCAGGUACUAGUUUGGAUUGUAUUGAUUCACAUAGUAAAUGGUAUUCUGAAUACCUUAAUCUCAAAGUAAACCAGCAAAAAGCUCUUAAUAAAUGGAGGGAAAAUAAAAGAAAAAUUAGGCCAACCCGAAAGGUUCCAUCGAUACAAAUCGAAUCUCCAAAUAAUAGAAAAAUACAAAGUUCGCCAAAUUAUGGCUCUGCUUUAGACCGAAGUGUUGGCAAUGAAAGAAACCAAACACAAUCUGAUACAUUUAUCGAAAGUAGAGUGGACGAAGAUGACAUUUAUAGAUAUCAGAAAUACAAUUCAUUAAAUGCUUUAACAAAAACUGGCAAUGAAAGUACUUCAGGAAAAGGUCAAAGUGUCAUUAAAAAACCAAAAAUUACGAAGCUAGAUAUAACGAGAUUACUUAAACCUACUAAACAGAUGUUAAUAACUCAAAAAAGUGAAAAGGGGACUUACGAAUUAAACAAAUGUGUAGAAAAUAUUGCCAAAUUGCGUACGCCAUUAUGGAGAUUGAAUUUGCGUGAAUACUGAGAAGCUGUCAUCCAGUUAGGACUACAGCUAGAGUCCUUUUCAUGAAAGAAGUCCUGCGGCUAAAAUCUGAACUAAAAUUUACAGCGCUUUAAACAAAUGACAAUAACACCGCCAAUAACAAAUGACAUGACUAUGAUAUUAGCACUUCGUCUGGGGGACUUCUUUCAUGAAAAGUACUUUAACUUGAUAGUUGAUACUUUAUAUUUUGUUCUAUAAGUAGGACUAAUAAGUUCAUAAUGUAGAUAAAUUGAUCUGUUGAAUGUUGAAAAUAAUAUUACUAUCUAAUUAAAUUAAUAUAUUUGAUAAUACUCAAUCAUAUAGUUGUGGACACAAAAUAUAUUUAUUGGUGUUAAAUAAUUUCGAUGUGUGUUCCCCUAAAAAGUUGACGCGGCAAUUUUGUUCGUGAAUUUGGGUGCGAUACGAGUCUAUAUGUAUUUGGUCCGAGGUAGACGUACAUACAGAAUGGAAGUCUGUGUUCUCAGGACAUAGAGAAUUUGACUCAAUUGAUAUGACUAUAGUCAGAUUGAGUAGGUAUUUUAAACUAUGUAAACAAACAAAAACAGCUGACUCAGGUUUGCUCAACAUUUUAUCAUUAUUUACGAAUAUUAUCAUGAAAUAAAACUUCCUGUGGUAAACAAAUAUUUUUUUAAUUUUAUAUUCCUAUAUAAUAUAUCCUGUUAUUUAUCAAACAGAUAAUGCUUCACUUAUAUUAAGGGCCGUAGGCAAUAAAGAACUCUUAUAGUUUUGUUUCUUUAUUAUGUAGAAGCAAGCAUAAGGUUUCCUCGACAUAUUUAAACACAUUAAUCAAAACGGUUUUCUCGGAGGACGAUAAGGGUGAUUGAUUCGUACGUUUCUUUUUUGGUGACGGAAACAAUAGCAACGCGGAAUAACUGCUCCGGCUAGUACCAG